GUCACCAGCGGUCAUACUAAAUACCAUAUUUUAAAAUAAUAAACGCUACGACGCCGUCAAAUUAAUGUGAAACAACGUGAAUAUUUUGACAAAACCGUAAAUGUGCAUACCUUCAGUUUCAAAUUUGAUAUCUCAGAAAAAGGAAACGUGACCUAAUAUUAUAAACACAAUCUAAGUCGUUACCAGUUCAGUGUGCCAGCAUAAAGAAUGUCUAGCACAAAUAGAAUUUAGUGAACAGUUUUCCCCCUCCGCAUGCACCGUUUUUGGAUGGAGGAGCAUGUCUAUGAACCGAUCUACGAAUAACUGUAGUCUGGAUGUAAUUAAAGGCAGCAACACCACAAGUGGCGAUAAUAACUCAAACGAACAAUUCGAUCGCACCGAAAAUGAUGCGACGCACCCAAUAUUACGCAGUGAUCACCGUCAUCAGGGUGAACUGGUCCUAUGUUUGACUUGCCAUAAGCAAUUCAAGAGUUUCUCCUUUAGCGACAUUUGCGCACACUUUAUAUACACUCACCCCAAUCGCCAGAAUAGUGCUACCUUCAAAAAUCUCUACAAGUGCUUAUACUGCAAACGCGAUAUUCAUUAUUUUUUGCGUGCUGAGAAAUCGGAUCCCGAAAUUUAUCACUUUUGCUCGCCGAGGAAAAAAACUUAA